CAUUGAUUGACCACUGGAGAAUGAUCUGGCAGGAGAAUGUAGAAUACGUUAUCAUGUUAACAAAUCUCGAGGAAGGUUCAACGAUUAAAUGUCAUCAAUAUUGGCCAAAUAAGGGAGAGGGGUUAGACUUAGGCCUUUAUUCCAUAAGAGUAGAGGAAGAGACGAUGUAUGCACAUUUUGUGAUUAGGAGAAUGACUUUGCGGAAGAAGUGUGUCAGUGGGUCAAGGACGGUCGUGCAGUUUCAUUACACCCAAUGGUCAGAUCAUGGAACUCCAAAUCCAUUGAAUUUUGUCGUUUUUCAUAGACACUUUAGACACAAAAUGAAGCCAGUUCUGCAUCCGAUUAUCGUACACUGCAGUGCGGGGGUUGGUCGAACUGGGACAUUUAUUGCCUUUGACGUUCUCACUAGAUGCGGAAGUGCUACGGACAAGGUCAAUGUCAUUGAGUAUAUCAAGGCCAUGCGUAAAGACAGGAUGACAAUGAUUCAAAAUGUAGAUCAGUUCAUCUUUCUGUAUAAGGCUUUGUUCGAGUUCUUCAGAAGAAAAGGAGGGUUCGUCAAACGUGAAGACUUUAUAAAAUGCUAUAGCGAUAGCAGCGCACGAGAAACAAGGAAAAGAAUAGCAGAUGAAUUCAACAGACUUUCGAGUUUAAAACCAGAAUAUUGUGUAGACGAUUUUAAAAUGGGAAAGAAGUAUCUCUCACUGAACUCUACAAAAUCCGUUUUACCAGUUGACCACCACUUGGUGUAUUUGACGUCCUACGUACGGGGUAGAGACUCUUAUUACAAUGCAGUGACUUUGUCGUCUUUCACUCGACCGUGUGAGUUUAUCUCUGCGCAAUUUCCUGCUGCUGGUGCUGCCAUUGAUUUAGCACGAUUGCUUGUUGAUCAGGAGUCGCAUUUCCUUGUAUCUUUGAAUCCUUUGUCUGGUAUCAGCGAGAUAAAAGAUUGGGUUCAUGAGGAAAUAAAGAAUUUCAAGCUGGGUCCGUAUGAAAUUAUCAAAAUUACGCAGUCAAUUUUGAACACUGAAAUACGAAAGACAACUCUUAAGAUAAAAGAGAAGAAGGAGAAAACUUUUCAUACCGUCCAUCUAUAUGAAUGUCUUGAUUGGAACGUCGAUGAUGUUCUUCCGGCUGAUACCUCCACGUUGAUAAACUUAAUAAAACAGUUCUGUCUUGACCGAAAAUGCACACCAGAUGGACCGGUGACCUUAAUAUCCAUAGAUGGUGCAACAUGUUGUGGUAUAUUUAUCGCUGUAUAUAACGCAAUAGAAGAGCUACUUCAGGACAACGAAGUAGAUAUCUGUACCAUUGUUCAGCAAUUACAAUGUUGCAGACCAGAAAUGAUUUCUACCAAGGUAGAAUAUGAGUUCUGUUACAAGGCUGUAAGUGAUUUUCUGAAUACUGACAACGUAUAUGCCAAUAUUUAACCGAAUUAUAAAAAAGAAAACCAAAUUGUAUGUUUUAUACGGAAGUGAUU